AUGGACACAGAUCCAGAAAACACCCCGCCUGCCCCCGCGCUUCCGCCUAUGUAUGUCGGCGUCGACCCAAGGUUGCACUUCUCUGGGUUCGUCAAGGCAGGCAACGGAGCUAGCGGUACUGUGUUCUUCGCAAACAGAGUCCCAGCGCCGCAUCUUCCUGUCGCCUUGAAGAGGGUCUCCCCUAGCACGAAAGCGAAGAGUAAGGCUUUGGAGAAUGAGAUUCGAACUAUGCAUGUGCUGCGGCAUCCUAAUAUUGUCCAGUGCCACGAGGCGUACUCGUAUGAUGGUAGUGUGUGGAUUGUUAUGGAGGCCAUGGAUGUCGGCUGUCUCACACAUGUCUUGGACUUUCUGAGAGCGAAGGCCUACCUGUUGUCGGAGGAUCACAUUGCGUACAUUCUCAGGGAGACACUGUUGGGGCUGUGGACUAUGCAUUCGCACAGCAGGAUGCAUCGCGAUAUCAAAUCGGAUAACAUCCUCGUGUCGUCCGACGGUGAAAUCAAACUCGCCGAUUUUGAGUACACUGCCGUACUGACCGAGGACACGCCCAAGCGGAACACUGUCGUGGGGACCGCGUGGUGGAUGGCGCCGGAAACCGUGCGCAACUCGUACUACGACUACGGCGCCGACGUGUGGUCGAUCGGCAUUCUGUCGGUGGAGUGCGCGGAGUGGGUGCCGCCGCUGUUCGGCAUGGAGAGCAACAAAGCAAUGGAGGUCAUCCGCUCCGGCGCGACUAUCCAGGGCUUCAAGCGACCAGACAUGUGGAGUGUGGAGUUUGCGGAUUUUGUCAGGGGCUGUCUCACCAGGGACCGCGCGUUGAGAUACACAGUGCCCGACCUUUUGAGGCACCCGUUUUUGGACAAGGCGUGCACUAAGACGCAGAUCGCCAAUGUGUUUCGCGCAGUACGGGGGAUGAACCCCAUUGAAUCGAAUGAAUAG